UUACUUACAUUUGUGUGUUAAGUUUCAUGAUAAGAGAGAAUUCACGUAUGUAGACUUCCUAAAUCUUCUCUCUUUUAAUAACCUUUCGAUUGUUUUUUCAAGUACAGGUGUGUUGUACAUUUUAAUGAAUGAAGUGGUGAAUAAACGUUGGAAGCUUGAAAUGUUUCUUAGAAUUUAGCAAGAAGCAAAUGAUAAACGAUAGGUUAAAGCAGGGCUACCAGUAUCGCAUACUACCGACAUCUAGACUACUGUAUACUUCAAGGUAAAAUCGAUUAUUUCAGAGGAGUAUUGUGCGAAGUGAUGAAAUUGUUGGUGCGGUGUCGAUGUUAACUCGCAAAUAAACACGAUGUCUCUGCUACGAUCGUUGCCUUCGGGACUCAACCGAACCUCAAAAUUAAUAUCUCGAAGUGUUCCAGCUGUAUCUUAUCACCCAAAUGUUAUAGAUCAUUAUGAAAAUCCAAGAAAUGUUGGUUCUUUGGAUAAAAAUGACUCCCAUGUUGGUACAGGUAUUGUAGGAGCACCAGCCUGUGGAGAUGUAAUGAAGCUUCAAAUUAAAGUUGAUGAGAAAGGAAAAAUCAUUGAUGCUAAAUUUAAAACUUUUGGUUGCGGUUCUGCUAUUGCUUCAAGUUCUUUAGCUACAGAGUGGGUUAAAGGGAAAACUGUUGAUGAAGCAUUGGCACUAAAAAAUACUGACAUUGCUAAAGAAUUAUGUUUACCACCUGUCAAACUGCACUGUUCAAUGCUUGCAGAAGAUGCAAUUAAGGCUGCUUUGUCAGAUUACAGUAUUAAACAAAAGCAAAAAUUGACAGGCAAUAAGAGCCAAGAAAGUGGUUAAAGUAAAACAUGAUUCUGAUGUAUUUCAAAUAAUAGUGAGAAAUAUUUGUUAAUGAAAAUGAAAAUAGUUUUUUAAUAUUAGCAGUCAAACACUUCAUACUUCAUAAUUUUUACUAAUUAUGAACUGUGAUCAAUAUAAACAGAUAUAUUGUAUC